UACAAUACAAGAUGGCGGCAGAUGUGGACACUUUCGAUAAAGACUUUUAGAACAAAAAGAAAAGAUACAGAAUGAUGGAUUCUGGCAAGCUUGAGGUGAUGCGUAGAAGCGUUGGACCAUGGAUAUCUCAGUUUGAGGGAAACGACCGUGAUACAAAUUCUACCUAUGAGAGAUCUGAGGCAACUUCUCCUUCCAAUUACACUAGGAAUGCUCAGGGAGUGUUUGUCCAGAAGAAACCACAACUUCUCAAGAAAAAGAAAGUAAAUAAUAGCAGCUUGGAUAGAAAAUUUAGAUAUGAUAUAAAGAAAGAUGAAAAAAUUCAGGGGGAUCCUUUUAAGAGUAUCUUUGUUGCAAGACUGGACUAUAACACAACAGAGGAGAAAUUAUUUGAGAUUUUUGGCAGAUAUGGAUCCAUAAAAAGGCUUCGGCUCGUGAAGGAUGUAAAAACUGGAGAAUCAAAGGGCUAUACUUUUGUGGAGUUUUCAGAUGAAAGCGAAGCAAAGAGAGCCUUGAGAGAGACCAAAGAUAAACCACUUGUGAUUGAUGGAAGAAAGAUUCUGGUUGAUCGUGUUCGGGCGGGUGUGAUAGAAUCCUGGCUACCACGUAGAUUAGGCGGGGGUCUGGGUCAAAGACAGAAAGGAACGCAGAGAUUUGCUUGGAAGCUCGCUUACUUUGGUGAUCCUUCUCGAAUUGAUCAUGAUGAAAUUUACAGGAGGCAACAGUUAUGGAUGGAACACAACAGAAAAACCAAUCACCCAAUCGAUCACCCAACCAAUCAGAUACAAAGCGGAUCACAAAGUAGUGACUCGAAGAAUUUACAUUAGCUGCCAUGACAUAACUUGAUGGUAAAUAAAGUAUAUGCUAUUAUCUUUCACAUGA